UCCGAGAGCGGGCCGUUCGCGGGGAUGAGCGCGCUCGCGUUGAAGACGCUGACGAGCGCGAACACGGCGAAGAACCAACAGCAGGUUGCGGUGCUGCAGACGGAGGUCGUGCGCAAGGAGGGCGCGCGCCCGGACAGCCCGACGACGAAGGUGCGCUCGGCGCUCGAGCGCCAGCGCGAGGAGCGCGUCGUGCAGCGCCAAGCGCGUGCGGAGCGAAGGGCGAGGCGGUCGGGGGGCGAGCCGGCGGAUGGGGCGAGCACUGCGGAAGGUGCUGGCGGUACGGGGGCGGGUGAGGGCGAGGCUGGGAGCGAGAUGGGGGAUAUGAGCUUCAUGAGCGUCGAUCAUGACUCCGAGGGGCAACCGAUGAGACAUCGACGAGCUCCAGGCGACGAGGAGGAGUAUGAGACUCCGCAGAAGCCUGAACGGCCUGCCAAGCGUGCCAGGUUCGACGGCGGGGAGGAGAAUGAGAAGGAGGACGAAGCGCAUGCGAAGAGGGUCAAGUGGGACAAGGGCCUUCAGACCACGGUGUAUCUGGACGACAGCCCCCCGAAGCCGAGGCGGAACAAGGGCGCGGUGCCCGCGCACAAGGGCUGCCUGACGCCAGCUGCGAAGGCUCUACGUCUAGAUACCCUGGGCAACGUCCUGAACGCUGAGCUGCCUGUAGGCGGCCUCGUCCGAGAGAAUAUCGUUGUGAAGAAGUUCGUGUUCGAUGACGACGAGGUCGCCGCUGCGCCUGAGCCCGUUGAGCCCGCCCCGGUGGUGAAGAGCACGCGGAGUAAGAGCAAGAAGGCGAAGUCAUAGCAUAGAUCCACUCUUAAUCUUACAAAUGUGGAGGAGCGCGGCCACAGGAGGCGUAUAUAUGUCCCGCAUUUCUUGUUAUAUCCGUACUUUAUCGCAUCGCUAUGAUUGUUUAUGGCUGUUGAGCGCAGUAUCGUAUAUCGUACCUUGUAUGCCAUCACGAAUUUGUCUUAGUGCCCCUUGAGUGGCAGGAC